CAAGUCUUUCACGUUGCAUACAUUCGCCCAUCCAUACGCUGCACGUACACGCAUUGAGCUGAAGGAAGCCAAGCCACCUGCAUAGAAACCAUGCCUUCAAUCCCAGAGGACCAGGUCGCACAGCCUCAGAGCGCUAGCGAUGGUCCCCUCGUGUGGAUAGACUGUGAGAUGACGGGCCUCAACCCGGACACGGAGGAGAUAAUCGAGAUCUACUGCAUCAUCACCACCGGCAACCUCGAGGUCAUCGACGAAGAGGGCUUCCACGCCAUCAUCCACUUCCCGCAGUCGCGGCUCGACCAGAUGGACGAGUGGUGCAUCAAGACCCACGCCAACUCGGGCCUCACCGCCGCGGUGCUGGCCUCGACCACGACGCCCGAGCAGGCGGCCGAUGCCCUCUACGAAUACAUCACGCGCUUCAUCCCGGAGCGGAAGCGCGGGCUGCUGGCCGGCAACAGCAUCCACGCCGACCGGGGGUUCCUCCGGCGGGAGCCGUACACCCGCGUGACGAAGCACCUGCACCACCGCCUCCUGGACGUCAGCGCAAUCAAGGAGGCGGCCCUGCGGUGGUGCGCCAAGCGCAUCAUCAACAAGGUGCCCAGCAAGAAGGGGAGCCACAAGGCGAGGGACGACAUCCUGGAGAGCAUUGAGGAGGCGAGGUACUAUCGAGAGGCCAUCUUCCGGCCGACGUUUGACGUGGCGCCGGCGGGGAAGAAUAAGAAACAACAAAAAAAAACGUAGCGAUUAGAUAAAAGAAUAGUUAAUAAAAAAGAAACUACUGGUAUGCAAUUGACCGGUUCUUCUUCAGAGCUGGCUCUGAUACCAACUCGUAUGAAUAUGAGUUGUGGUAGGACGGCUGAGAGGCAGAACUCAACAAUUCGCUAGCGGUGUCUCACUUUUUCUCAGGUUA